GCCAGGACACAGCAGCACGUUGGCACCAAUGCGGCUAUACACACUGUCCAAGCGGCACUUUGUCCUAGUCUUUGUUGUAUUCUUUAUUUGCUUUGGUUUGACAAUCUUCAUUGGAAUUGCAGGUCCUAAUGUAAUCAAGACCACAACAACAUCUGAAUUGACUAACAGCUCAAAGCUGAAGUCAUAUCCAUUAAAUUCACAACCAUUAUCCACUUAUAAUCAACAACUAUGGCUAACCUGCGUUGUUGAACUGGAUCCACCUUAUGAAUCUCGCUUCAAAAUUAACAUUACUCUGUCAAUUAAAAUACAUGGUGUAACAAAGGAUGCAAGCACACGAUAUAAAAAUAACCAAGUUCAUAAUCGGACAAGGCAACUCAACUGUGCUCGGAAAUGUGAUGAAAUCAUUGUGGCUCAUCUUGGCUACCUGAACUACACUCAGUAUAACAUAUUGGUUAGUUUUGAGGGUCUGGAGAAGUUGAUGGUUCCCAUCAUGAACAUCAAUUUCACAUGGAAAACUUACAAUCCAUAUUUUUCACAAGUUGAAAUUUGGUUCCGAUUUGUAUUUGUGGUUCUUACUUUCAUAGUCACAUGCCUGUUUGCACAUUCCCUCCGGAAAUUCUCCAUGAGAGACUGGGGAAUUGAACAGAAAUGGAUGUCCAUCCUCCUACCCCUGUUACUGCUUUACAAUGGUAUUUUAAAAUAUGCUCUUUUUUACAGGGUCUCAUAA